AACAUGCGUAGAGGAGCUACGCACAACGGGCUGCUGUUGCUUUGCCUAUGGGCAACAGCGGCCACGGGGCACAUUCGCAUCGAAGCGCCCGAGGUGCACGUGGCGCCCAGCUACAAGCCGGCCUUUGUGCGUGCAGCCGUGGAGAGUAUGCCAGUGGAGGAUGAGCCUGGGGCACUGAGUCGCUUCAGCAUACGACCCACAUUUGGCGAGGCAUUUCUACCGCUACGCAGCGCCGUGGAGAGUGUGCCUAGCAUCAGUGAGCGGCACAUUGCGCUGCUGCGUGAAUCCUCCCCGUUGCGUUCCUUUGUACGUGACUCUGUGGAGGCGCAGCCCAGCGAUGAUGAUGAAGAUGAAGACGAGGAAUCGUUAGAGUUUGCAUCGCCCGCCAGCUUUGUGCGCGACGUGCCAGAAGAGUUACAGGAGGAAAAACUUUCGCAGCUGGUGGAACCGGAUCCCUGGUCGGUGUCCGAUAAAUACGCCGCCUUCAUAGCACCCAGCUCAAAUGACAAUUAUCAGCCGCAGCCCUAUCGCUCCGGCUCACCACAUCAGCAGCUGCUCAAGGCAGUGGAUCUGGAGCAACUGGAGCAUAUCGAUGAAUUGGACAGUUAUACGGAGCAACAGUUCUAUGGGGCUCUAGCCCAGGCCGAUCUCACGCAAGACGGCGCCUACGGCGCCUUAUUACAGGCCAAGACCACAACGGAAAAGAAGAACUACAACAUGGCACCCAAGGUGCUCUGUUACAUGUCGAACUGGGCCUUUUAUCGCAAGGCCGAUGGCCACUUUGUGCCCGAGCAGCUGGAGCCGAAGCUUUGCUCAGCGAUUAUCUAUUCGUUUGCCUCGCUCGAUCCGGAUCAUUUGACCAUACGUGAAUUCGAUCCCUGGGUGGAUAUAGAGAAUCAGUACUACAAACGCGUCGUAGCUCUCGGCGUGCCCGUGUUGCUUGCUAUGGGCGGUUGGACAGAUUCGAGUGGCGACAAAUAUUCCCGCUUGGCUAGUGACGAGAUCAAGCGCAAAGUAUUUGCCUCCAGUGCGGCGGGCUUUUUGCAGCGUCACGGAUUUAGUGGCAUUCACUUGGACUGGAACUACCCCAAGUGCUGGCAAAGCGAUUGCUCCAAGGGACCGCCCAGCGACAGGCCCAAUCUGACUAAGCUACUGCGUGAGCUGCGCUCACAGCUCAAGCGUGUGAAUCCUAAGAUGCAAUUGGGCGUGGCCAUCUCGGGCUACGAGGAGAUCAUCAACGAGGCCUACGAGCUAGCUGCACUCUCCGAAAUCGUUGACUAUAUGACUGUGAUGACUUACGAUUACCAUGGAGCCUGGGAAAGACAAACUGGCCAUGUGAGUCCCCUGUACGGACGUCCGCAGGACAAAUAUCCGCAAUAUAAUACGGACCACACCAUGCAGCUGUUGGUUCAAAUGGGCGCACGCCGCGAGAAGCUGAUUAUGAGCAUACCCUUCUAUGGGCAGAGCUUUACACUCGAGCAGAGCAGCCAGCAUUUGGUCGGCGAGGGCGUUUCGGCUAGCGGCCCAGGCGACGCUGGCGAGCUGACCAAGCAGCCUGGUAUGUUGGCCUACUAUGAAAUCUGUCAGCGCAUACGCAAGCAGAAGUGGCAGACAGGCCGGGAUGCUGAGCGCAAGUCUGGACCCUAUGCCAUGCUCCGCAAUCAAUGGGUGGGCUAUGAGGAUGCGGCCAGCGUGGAGGCCAAGGCUCGCUAUGCGGCGAAUAACGAUUUCGGUGGCAUUGCCGCUUGGACCAUCGAUCUGGAUGACUUCCAGAAUCGCUGCUGCAGUGAAGCCUUCCCACUGCUCAAGGCUGUCAAUCGGGCCCUGGGUCGACUGAACACGGAGCCACCGACGCGCAGCAAUUGCGAGCGCCCACCACAGCCGAUAACACCGGUACCACCACAAAUGACGACCAUCAGCAGCGAUGGCUCGCUGAGCGGCAGUCACAAUGAUCACACAACCUCCUGGCCCACUUGGGAUCAAACAAGCACAACCACGCCAAGACCCAGCAGUAGCACCACAACUACUCGCAGACCUACCACCAGCAGCACCACCAGCAGCACAACUCCCGCCUGGUGGACCAGCGCAGCACCGCCUACAACGACAAAACGUCCCGCCAAGCCUAAGCCGAAGCCAACUAAGACAACUGUACGACCGGCCCAGACCACUAUACCAGUGCCAGCUGUGGUCUAUCCCGUGAUACAGGCCGCCAACUGCGAGGCUGGUGAAUUCUAUCCAGAUAAAAGGAAUUGCAAUUCGUAUUACCAUUGCAUUAUACCGGGUGAACUGCGUCAACAAUUCUGUCCCGGUGGCUUGCACUGGAACAACGAGGUGAAAGGCUGCGAUUGGCCCGCCUCUGCGCAAUGCUCGGUGAAGAAGGAACAUACGAGCACCACAAGUGGUGUACCCAUCACUAGAAGCACCACUCAAAGCAGCACCACCAAGAAGCCGAGACGAACUACGACAUCAGCUAAGCCCAGUCGCAAGCCAACAAAACCUGUUCAGAAGCCGUUGCCUGGUAGUAGCACCACUCGCAAGCCACAUCGCACCACUCGCCGACCACGUCCACCCAGCUCGUCCCGCUGCAACGAGGGCGAGUACUACACGCACAGAAACUGCGGCAAAUACUACAUCUGCGUGAAUGGAGCGCUCGUGCCAAGUGAAUGUGGCAGCGAGCUGCACUGGGAUGCCCUGCGAAAGAUCUGCGAUUGGCCCGAGAAUGUGCAGUGCGUGACCAGCAAGAAGUACUUGCGCAUUAUACAGUCCAAGGCCAGCGAAGAGGAUCCCUGCAAUGGCGAGGAGCGAGUGCCCUAUCCCGGCGACUGCUCCAAGUAUUUGUUCUGUCUGUGGAAUCGUCUGCAGGCUGCCGACUGUCCGCCUGGCUUGCAUUAUAAUGAGGCGCUGGGCAACUGCGAUUGGCCAAUGGCGGCGCAGUGCAAAGAGGAUGGAGGAAGUGGCUCAGGCGGCAGCGGCAGCGGCAGCUCCAAGCCAAAGCCACCGGCAGCAGCUAAGCCCGUGCCGACAACGCAGCGACCUAGCACUACAGCUCGACCCACUUAUCCCACGGACAAGCCGCAACUGCAGCCCCUGGAUGGCCACUACAAGGUCGUUUGCUACUUCACCAAUUGGGCCUGGUACCGCAAGGGUCUGGGUCGCUACACGCCCGAUGACAUCAACACGGACCUGUGCACCCAUGUGAUAUAUGGCUUUGCAGUAUUGGAUUACUCCGAGCUCACUCUACGCACUCACGACUCUUGGGCAGACAUCGAUAACAAUUUCUACACACGCGUCAGCGGUCUGAAGAGCAAGGGCGUCAAGGUCAGCCUGGCCCUGGGUGGCUGGAACGAUUCGCAGGGCGACAAGUACAGUCGCCUCGUGCGCAAUGCGGCGGCGCGUGCGAAAUUCAUUCGUCAUGCUCUGGACUUCAUCGAGAAGUACGGCUUUGAGGGCCUCGAUCUGGAUUGGGAGUAUCCGGUUUGUUGGCAGACUGAGUGCAACAAGGGUUUUGCGGAUGAAAAGGAGAGCUUCACGGCCUGGGUCAGGGAACUGUCGGAGGCAUUUAGGCCACGUGGUCUGCUGCUUUCCACUGCGGUGUCGCCCAGCAAAAAGAUCAUCGAUGCUGGCUACGAUGUGGCAGAGCUCGCACGCUACUUUGACUGGAUCGCUGUGAUGACCUACGAUUUCCACGGACAGUGGGACAAGAAGACAGGACACGUUGCCCCCUUGUAUCAUCAUCCCGACGACGACUAUGAUUACUUCAACGCGAACUUCUCGCUGAAUUAUUGGAUUGAGCAAGGUGCUCCCUCGCGCAAGAUUGUCAUGGGCAUGCCUCUAUAUGGCCAGUCCUUUACGCUGGAGAAUGCCAACAACAAUGGACUCAAUGCCAAGGCACCAGGACCUGGCCAGGCGGGUGAAUUUACCAAAGCAGCUGGCUUCUUGGCGUACUAUGAGAUCUGCGAGCGCGUCAAGCAUCAGGGCUGGGAAGUCGUACAGGACGAACGUGGUCGCAUGGGUCCAUACGCUCGCAAGGGCACUCAGUGGGUCUCCUUUGACGAUCCGGCCAUGAUACGCAAGAAAUCGCAACUGGUUCGUGCCCUCAAUCUAGGCGGUGGCAUGGUGUGGGCCUUAGAUCUUGAUGAUUUCCGUAAUCGUUGCGGCGAUGGCGUGCAUCCAUUGCUCAGGGAAAUACACGAUGUACUAAAGGAUCCCCCAAAUGCCAACUCGGGUGAAGUGGGCACAGCAUCUGUGGAAAAUGAAGCCGGACAAACAACACAGGAAGCAGCUGGUCAGGAAAGCAGCGAGGCUGAGGAAGUCGAAAGCGUGGGCGGCGAGGAGCAGGAAGAGGUGGCAGUCGUGCAGCCACCAGAGCCAGAGUCUAGCUCCAACUCUGAAGACUCUAGCAAUGAGGCAGGCAGCAACGAAUCGGCCAGCAAUGAAGCAGGCAGCAGCAACAACGAGCCUGAAUCUUCGCAGGAAAACGAAGUUGAUCCCAACGAGGAUAUUGAGGAGGGAGACUUUGAAAUGGAGGUAGGUUAUCCAAUAGCCGACGCUGGCACCGACUAUAAGGUGGUCUGCUACUUCACCAACUGGGCGUGGUACCGUCAAGGCGGUGGCAAGUAUUUACCGGAAGAUAUCGAUGCGGAUCUCUGCACGCACAUUGUCUACGGCUUUGCAGUGUUGAAUCGCGAUAAGUUGACGAUUCAGCCGCAUGAUUCGUGGGCCGAUCUGGACAACAAGUUCUAUGAGCGCGUGGUGGGCUAUAGGAAGAAGGGCGUCAAGGUAACCGUCGCCAUUGGCGGCUGGAACGACUCAGCUGGUGAUAAAUACGCUCGCUUAGUUAGAAGCGCCACGGCGCGAGCCCGAUUCAUACGCCAUGUCAUGGACUUUAUCGAGCAGUACGGAUUCGACGGUCUCGACUUGGACUGGGAGUAUCCGGUGUGCUGGCAGGUGGACUGCAAAAAGGGCACCGCCGACGAAAGGGAAGGCUUCACAGACUUGGUGCGUGAGCUGUCGCAGGCCUUCAAGCCAAAGGGUUUGCUGCUCUCCGCCGCUGUCUCGCCGAACAAAAAGGUUGUGGACGCGGGCUACAAUGUGCCCGAGCUUUCGCGUUACUUCGAUUGGAUUGCCGUCAUGGCAUACGACUAUCAUGGACAGUGGGACAAGCAUACGGGUCAUGUGGCGCCCAUGUACGAUCACCCAGAGGGCACGACCACCUUCAAUGCCAACUACUCGAUUAACUAUUGGCUGGAGAGCGGUGCUGAGCGCAAGAAACUUAUUAUGGGCAUGCCCAUGUACGGCCAGUCCUUCUCCCUAGCCCAGGCCAGCGACAAUGAGCUCAAUGCACCCACCUACGGCGGCGGUGAGGCCGGCGAGGCAACGCGUGCCAGAGGCUUCCUGGCCUACUACGAAAUCUGUUCGUAUAUACAACGUCGCGGAUGGAAUGUGGUGCGCGACGCGCGCGGUCGCAUGGGUCCCUAUGCCUUCUCGCGGGAUCAGUGGGUGUCCUUUGACGAUGCGCCCAUGAUACGCCACAAGAGCGAAUACGUACGCGCCAUGGGCUUGGGCGGAGCCAUGAUCUGGGCCCUGGACUUGGAUGAUUUCAAGAACGAUUGCGGCUGCGAAUCGUAUCCACUGCUAAAGACAAUCAAUCGCGUGCUACGCGGCUAUCCAGGACCACAUCCCAAGUGUGCGCUGGAGCAGAGCGAAAAGACAAUGGUUGCUGGCGACAAAGGCACCGCGCAGUCAGCCAAACCCACGAUCAACACUGCAACCCCGUCGCACAUAGUUGCCACUUCGGCCAGGCCAGAGCCUGGCCAGCCAAUCGAUUGCGAUGGACGCAACUAUGCAUCGCACGCGCGUGAUUGCAAUAAGUAUUACAUCUGUCAGUACGGCGAACUGAUUGAACAGCGCUGUCCAGCCGGUCUGCACUGGAACGAGAAUUACUGUGACUGGCCGAACAAUGCCAACUGUGCAGUUCGCUCGGACCAAACCACUCAGCCGCCUGUGGUGCAUCGACCAAAGCCAACUGGCACCACACCGAGCAGCAAGCCCGCCACGAAGCCCACAAAGAAGCCCUUCACGCCACCCAAUAAGAAGCCUAUAGCUCGCCCCAAGCCAACGCCAGCUCCGCCACUGGGCAGCAACGAGGAGUACAAGGUCGUUUGCUACUUCACCAACUGGGCGUGGUAUCGACCCGGCCAAGGCAAGUAUGUUCCCGAAGAUAUUGAUGAGAAUCUCUGCACGCACAUCGUCUACGGCUUCGCUGUGCUCAACGGCAAUAGUCUGACUAUAAAGACGCACGAUUCCUGGGCAGACAUUGACAAUCGAUUCUACGAACGGGUUGUGGAGUACAAGCAGAAGGGACUGAGGGUAACGGUUGCCAUUGGCGGCUGGAAUGAUUCGCUGGGCAGCAAGUAUGCUCGCUUGGUGCUCGAUCCCCAAGCGCGUGCCAGAUUCAUUGAGAGCAUUUUGGUAUUCGUUGAGAAAUAUGGCUUUGAGGGCUUGGAUCUGGAUUGGGAGUAUCCGGUGUGCUGGCAGGUGGACUGUGCCAAGGGCUCGCCAGCCGAGAAGCAAGGAUUUGCUGCGCUAGUACGCGAACUCUCCGAUGCAUUCCGCCCACGCGGACUGCUGCUCUCCGCUGCCGUCUCGCCAAGCAAAAUGGUCAUCGAUGCGGGCUACGAUGUGCCAAAGCUGGCGCGUUAUUUCGAUUGGAUUGCUGUGAUGACCUACGAUUUCCAUGGCCAUUGGGACAAGCAGACGGGUCACGUGGCUCCCCUGUAUUAUGUGGAUGGCGAUGCCAAUCCCUACUUCAAUGGCAACUAUAGCAUACACUAUUGGCUGGAUCAGGGCACGCCGCCCAGUAAAUUGGUUAUGGGCAUGCCGCUAUACGGGCAAUCCUUCUCGCUGGCUGAUCAGAAGGCGCGCUCCUUGAAUGACAAGUCCAUUGGUCCCGGACAGGCGGGCACCUACACGCGUGCCGGUGGCUUCUUGGCCUACUAUGAAAUCUGCGAGAAGGUCAGCGCUGGCGGCUGGACGGUGGUGCGUGACGACGAGGGACGCAUUGGGCCCUAUGCGUAUAGCGGCAAUCAAUGGGUCUCCUACGAUGAUGUGGCUGAUAUACGUCGCAAAGCGCAAUUCGUGCGCAGCUUGCGUUUGGGCGGCGGCAUGGUCUGGGCCUUGGAUUUGGAUGAUUUUCGUGGUCGCUGCGGCUGUGGCAAACAUCCGCUGUUGCGUACACUCAAUCAAGAGCUGCGCGGCAUACCCGGUCAGCGUGCCAACGAUUGCACAUAG